AGGGUUAGGGUUUUGUUAUAUUUGAGACUCAUAUACUUCGUUGUUCACUCUCUGUUGAUCGCUGCCUCAAGGUCGAAGCUCGAAACCCUUCCAAGGUAAGUAAUCAAUCGGUGGUUCAGAAUGGUGGAGAAGGGCAAGGGUAGGAAGGAAGAGGUGGUUACCCGAGAGUACACCGUCAACCUCCACAAGCGCCUCCAUGGCUGCACAUUUAAGAAGAAGGCUCCAAAAGCUAUCAAGGAGAUCAGAAAGUUUGCUCAAAAAGCCAUGGGUACCAAUGAUGUGAGGGUGGAUGUGAAGCUGAACAAGUAUGUAUGGAGCCAGGGAAUCCGAAGUGUUCCAAGGAGGAUCAGGGUACGCAUUGCUCGCAAGAGGAAUGAUGAUGAAGAUGCCAAGGAAGAGCUAUACUCCCUUGUUACAGUUGUUGAAAUCCCUAAGGAAGAGCUCAAAGGUAUGGGCACCAAGGUCAUUGAUGACGAGGAUUGAUUUAUCAGAUAUGUUUGAAAUCUGGAGACAUAUAUGUAGUUUUUUUUUUGUUUUCGCAAUUGAGUCUUGUCUUUUCUAGAUUGUUAAAUUGCUUCUAAUUUUGUUGAGACAUAAUGUGGUUUGAUAAUAUCAAUUUAGUUUUUGCUGCCACUCU